UGUUUUACGUUAGCCGUAAAGCGCUAUGUGCGUUGCCAUUGGAGACGCAAUGUAGGAAGUAAAUUCCAUAGCUUGCGUUCUUGUUUUGAUAGCUCGUACUAAACAUUAGAAUCGACCUGUAUGCUUUUAUAUGUUCCGUCUUUUCUCCUGUUGAUGCUCAACAGUUUUCGACUUGAAUAACCCAACCGACUAGCUGUAGCACUAACGGUACGUUGAACUAACAAGGUGGUAAGAGUCCAUGAGUCGCAGUCGGAAUCCCCCACCCCGGGGUCAAGGAGCAGCGCGUGCCAAACAGAUGGGGCUGCUCCUUGACCUGUCCCCAGAUGGAGGGAUGAAUGAUGAGGGAAAUGAUGAAGAUCUGGAGGCAGAGCUGUUGAAUCUGGUGGGAGGAGGAGGUGGAGGAGGGAGAUCACAAGGGAGGAAAGGUGACGGCAAAGCUCCUGUUCCCAUGGCUGAAAUAGAGCGCAUGGCAGCUCUUUGUAUGAAAGACUUUGAUGAUGAAGACUUGGGGGAUGAUGAUUUGGAUGAUGAAGAUCUACUGGCAGAACUGAAUGAGGUUUUGGAGGAUAAUGAGGGACAAACUCCUGCUCCCACCCCUCCUGCUGUCACCCCGACUGCUCCUAAAGUGAGCACCCCAUCCCACUCUGCUGCUCCCAGUGGUGCAACUGGAUUGGAGUCCCGUCUAUUGGAGCGCAUUGAAAUGUAUAAGACAGCCAUUUCCAAUGCCAAGGCUACCGGAGAGACUAGCAAAGUUAGAAGAUACGACCGUGGGUUAAAGACACUGCAGUCCAUGUUGACGUCUGCCAGAAAAGGAAAACCAGUCAAUGAAGAAGAGAUCCCGCCUCCUGUUGCUCUCGGUGGAAAGCCCAACAUCCCAGCUGAAUCUGAAACAAUCAAAGAACGAGAAGUGCCUCAGCCCACGCUGAUGCCCUCGCCUCCCACAAAUCAGAAGCCUCUAAGGGAGGCUGCGCCGACAGCUCCUAAAACGAAGCCGCUCCAUCUGACGCCACCCCAAAAGCCUACGAUUGCCGUCACCCCAGAAACACCUGCCAUCUCUCCCCUCACCCCCAGCCAGCCUGACGCACAGCACUCAGAACUGAAACAGGCAGUGUUGUCCAGGCAGAGGGAGUACAAAUUGGCUGCCAUAAAUGCCAAACAGAGAGGUGACGUUGACCAGGCCAAACAGCAUUACCUCACUGCCAAGAAACUGGACGUGCUGGUGGAGGCACUGGACAGAGAUGAACCAAUAGACCUGAGCUCGCUGCCUCCUCCUCCUGGAGAUGUAGUAGCGGAACACUGUGCACCUCCUCCUCCUGAGUCUUCCUCGAAGCCCGCCGCCCCCCCUGCUCCUGCACCAACACAGGUGGCCCCUGCUGAACUUCCUGUUCCCAGAAGUUUGGCAGAAGCUCUGCAACAGAGGAUGGACAUAUACAAGUCAGCAGCAGAGGGAGCCAAGAGUAAAGGAGAUGAUCGCAAGGCUCGUAUGCACCAGCGCAUUGUCAAGCAAUACCAGGAUGCCAUGAGAGCUCACAAAGCUGGACGGCCUGUUAACCUUUCUGAUCUACCUGUGCCACCAGGCUGUCCACCAUUUCAGGGCUCAGAGGGGGCUCAGCAGAACUUCAUGGGUGUCCUGGAAACGGCUAUGAAAAUAGCUAAUCAGGAUGCAGAUGGAGAAGAUGAAGGAGAGGAUGGACAAAGUGAGGCUGCCAAGCCUGCAGUGCGUCCACCUGCCCAAAAAGCUAAGUCUCCGGCUCCUCAGGCGCCUGGAGGCUCCACAGCUCUAAAACUGGGACCUAAAGCUCAACAGCAAGUUGAUUUCCUGUUGCUAAGGCGACAGGCUUUUUUGCGUGCAGCGCUACGCUCCAAACAGAUGAAGGACAUGACCGGUGCAGCGCAGCACCUCAGACAUGCCAAGGGACUGGACCCCAUGAUCACUGCUGCCAAGUCUGGCCUACCUGUCGAUAUCAGCAAGAUCCCCAGUACUCCAGUCAGCGAGGAGGACUACUCCCUGGCUCGCUCCCGUACCUCCCCUCAAUCCCCUCGCUCUAGUGAAAAGUACCACGGCCUCAUGGAUCUUUUGCGAAAGCAGCAUGAGAAAUGUCUGGGCUACGCUCAGCAGUUUAUACAGCUGGGCAGUGUGGCUGAAGCUUUGAAGUUUGAGAGGCAGGCUGAGGAGUGUAUGAAGAACAUAGAGAUGCUGAAGAAUUCCUACGCCAAGGGCCAGCCAGUCCCUAAGUGCCGCACAGAGGAGAGGACUUUCAACACUGUCAAGGUCUACUCCAACCUGACUCCUAAUGAGAUGAUUCUGUACAUCAUCAGAGGAAUCAACCUACCAGCUCCCUCAGGUGUCUCGCCUAAUGAUCUGGAUGCCAGUGUGAAAUUUGAGUUUCCUUUUCCCAGCGUGGAGGAGGCUCAGAGGGACAAAACCAGCACAAUAAAGAACACCAGCAGUCCAGAGUUUAAAGAGCACUUCAAACUCAACAUCAGCCGCAGCCACCGAGGCUUCAAACGAGUCGUACAGUCCAAAGGCAUCAAGUUUGAAAUCAUCCACAAGGGAGGCCUGUUUAAGACUGACAAAGUGGUGGGCACUGCUCAGCUGAAGCUGGAGGCUCUAGAAAACCACUGUGACUUCAGAGAGAUCAUUGAGGUGAUGGAUGGACGUAAAGCUACAGGGGGGAAGUUGGAGGUGAGGGUGAAGAUCAGAGAGCCCUUAUCAGGAGCUGAUUUCCAGCCCGUGACAGAGAAGUGGCUGGUUCUUGAGCCCGUGUCGUCCCUUUCUCCUCCAGAAAGACAGAAGGAACGAGCACCAUCUCCUCGGUCCAAACCCAGACACGAAGGGGGCAGCAGGAGCAGUCAUCCCAACAGCUCGCCUCCACAGUACAAAUUCCACAGCUUUAGCCUCCUCGACUACGACAGGGAGCGGCUGGAGAGAAAGAUGGCAGAGUACCGCAAGACUCGACGAGAUCCCCCAUCUGACCUCAUCCAUCAGCACAAAGAGGUCACACACAGACUGCAGUGGCAGAAAGCACAGCUGGAGCGAGGCUCUCCUGCUCUGCUGUCUGAGUAUGAAAAUGUGCUGCAACGCUUAGUCCAUGGACUUGCUGACUCCGUUAAGAAAUACUCCAGCCAAGGAAACAGGGACGUUGCCAAGGAUGCACUGGGCAGGCUGAAGAUGGUAGAGAGUGAGCUGGAAGCGCUGAGAAGGAAACGCGUUGGAUGAGAGGAGAGUGAGGAGAGUGGAGACUUGGCUGGAAUACUGUUAGCCUACGUCAUUUCUCUCUGUCACGCACACUCAUAUACAAAUACUACAGUGGGUACUUUAAGCACCUUUAGCAUGAUUCUACUCAUGUCAGUGACAACUGCAUGAACCAACCUGAUAGUUCUGUCAAUUGAUCAUAUAACUCGUGUCAUUUGUGGUUAGUUGCCUGCCACAGUAAUUAAUAACAAAUCUGUAACUGCAAAGGGACAUAGAAAUGAAAGCAAGCAUUAAAAGGUGUUCAGUAACAAAAGGACAGGCACGUUUAUUUGCACUUAAACAAGACACUACAGCAAGCUGCUUCUAAAGUACAGCUUUACAGACUUGACCUGCACUCUGUUAAUUGUUUUUUUAUAUUCCCAUCUUUCGUUUGAGACUUGCUGGUGAAGAGAUUCAUCAGAAGACUUAAAGUUUUACAUUUGACACUAGCUCAGAGAGCCUUUUGGUGUCCAUAGAUGACCAAAAAAUGCGUGUGUGCAUGUGUAUCCGUGUUAGGGAGUGUGUUUAACCAAUGAACUGAGGUGUUUUUAACCCCUUUUCCCAUAUUUUAUGUGUGUAAUGAGCUUAAUCUAAUCUGUCUACUCCAGUGUUCCCAGAUUACAGUAAUCUGCUCUGUUUGGAGUGGUGUGAUAUGGGAAUAAAAAAAAACGGGGCUUCGGGGCGCGACAGCCUACAUCCCAUAAUGAGGGAUUAGUGUUUGUGUCACCAAGGAGACGACUAGAUCAGACGUAGAGUCGCCUUUGGGGCUGGGGAGAGGGGGUGAAUGUGGUAGAAGCUUUGCUCUGCGAAAGGAUUGCUUCUUCUUCAUCAUCAUCAGCUGUUUCUCCUUUGUUGACUACUUCAUCUUCACUUUCGUUAAUGCUAAUUCCUCAACAUAUUCAGAGAUUAUUCAAAGUAAUCAGAAUAAUAGCCUGCUCCACUUGGAUUUUCUUUUAACUCCUAAACAAUAUUAAGUCCCUUGUGCUGUCAGUGAGAAAAUAAUUAACCACUGCUGCGUCAGUGUGCUGUCUUUUUUUUUUAACACAGAUUUUUGCAGUUUACAAAAUCAGAUUCUCUCCCGCUGAGUCCUCCAGUGGACCCUGAACAGUCUGCCCACAGAAAGGCAACCCAGUAUGUGUCAGUUAGGCUGGGUAAUUGCUCAUUUCUAUUUCGGUUCCCCCUAGACAUCCCUGUCAUCAGCAUCCUCGUCAUUCCUCUCUACUAAACAAAAUUCAGACAAACCUGGUAAAACUUUAUAAAAUUUGUGACGAGCACAGGCGCUUUUAAAUUAAUCAUUUUGUCACGUGUGCAAAAACACUAAUGUGAGAGAUGCAUCAUGUAUUGCCAUGUGCUCGCAGCUCUGUUUAGCGCUCUGGACAGAUGUUUCCUCUGCGUGUUUGACAACCUGCUAACCUGACAGCAGGCAACAGCCGAUGCUGUUGAUCCGUGCCGAGUGCAUGGAUGUAGCAGACUACACUCUUUGUUUAUAUUUGACUCUUGAAUGUGGAUGAUCUCUGGUAACUCUACUAAUAGUUUUUUGGUUACGUGUUUGCUCUAAUCUACUCACUGCUUCAACCCAUUAGCAAAUAAUCCUGGUUAAAGUUGACCUGAUGUGGCCACGCGUCUUCGCUGUUGAUUUUUAUGUAACACCCCUGCAAAAUUUUCCUAUCGGGAUUUUUUCUGAUUCUUGUUACGCUUUUGAUCAACUAGUAUUGUUUUAGAUGGGAAGACUUAAAGUGACAUAAUAACCUUUAGAUUGAGAUGGACUGGCACUUAGAGGACUGUGCCAGUGUGUUUGCAACUUUUAGCUCCCUAUCUAAAACUCUUGUACACUUAACAUUUUUGCUGAGAGUUUUUCAAUGCAUGUAGGACAGUUUAAGAUUGGCUUUAUCUUCCCUUCUGUUCCAAGCAGCCAACAGUUUCCAUUUAUUUUUGGGCAGUAUGAAAAGCAAACUCUUGAAGCUUGCUUGAGUUUGAGCCAAACAUUUGGCCUACAGAGUUGUGUAAUCCAUCACAGUAAUUAUCAGGUCUGCAUUAAUGUUUGUCAGUGUUGAAUUAGACUGUAGUGCAGUUUAAAAGCAGAUUCAUUUGAACUGCACCGCAGCACAGAUUACGAUAAUAUAACUUGUCUAAAAUGAAUGCAGAGUCGACUAGUUUUCAUAAUGGAUUUGAUCUAAUUAAAACUGUUCAAACAAUUGUUACUCUACUAAUUAUAUUCUUGAUUUAUAGAUUUAUCGUUUGGUCUGUAAAAUGCCAGAAGACACACAAAAAAUUUCCUAAAAAUUCCUAAAAUCCAAAGCAACAGCUUGAAAUGUCUUGUUUUGUCAGAUCAGCACUCCAAAUUCCAGUUCAGAUAUUCAGUUUAUUGUCAUGUCAAAGACAAAGAAAGACGAAAAAAAAAAUCGUCAAAAUUCAGAAGCGGGAUGUAGGGAACGUUUGGUGUUUUGGAUUGAAAAACAUUUCUUAGACUCCGCAGCAUGUUUUUCAGAUGGGACCAGCUGUGAUGUAGUCCAUAUAUUUUUAUACACUUGCAUCUUUUAAAGCUGCUAAACACGCACGUAAGAAGUGCUAAAAACUACUAACGAGCAGCCCUUUCUUUCACUCCAGAACCUUUAGCCUCUUGCCCCCCCACCCCACCCCACACACACACACACACACACACACACACACACACACACACACACACUAACUCCUCCUGCAUCACCCCACUCCCUGAGUAACCUCGUGACCUCUGAGGCUGUCCCGUUGUCAUGGCAACAAGCUCAUCAGCAUUCACUGUGGUAGCUGGUUGAUGGUCAGGACCUGGGAAGAGGCACAUAUUGUUAAAGUUUGUCCUGCUGGUGACUCACACUCAUUUCUUGCAUUUACAAGACACAACACACACACACACACACACUCCUUCUCACUUUUUUCUUUAAUCCUGCGCUCUAAUCUGGCUACACUCCGUUUAAAAAGGACAACGUUUGGUGGAUUGCUUGUCGUUAUUGUUGUCAUAUCUGACCUGAUCAGCUGCAGUAAAUGUAUUCAUGUGGGCUUGGGUAACUUCUGCUGUUGAACGUAUGACAUUUUUUAAGCUGUUCAGUCAUGUAAGGGCAAUCGGUAUAAAUGUAAUAUUUAUAUACAGGAAAUAUACAUCACAAUAUGCACUGUCUCUAUUUUUAAGUGUAACUCAUGAUGAUUUGUGCAGCUCAAAAGGGGGGAAUGUAUGAAGGCCUGAUUGUUUAGGCUUUAUUAUCUUAUGUAUGAGGUUGGUGUUGAUAUGAAUAAAAUGCUGGAGCAACA